GAGAGACCGCAAGGGAACCAGCGGACGGCCAGAAGCACGCAGUCGCCCAGAAGCCGUCACUCAGUUACUGGAGCCCAGUUGCUGCUCGAGUGCGUGCCCUCCUCCUCAGCCCUUUUGACGUGGACGACCGACCUGAUUUCGCGUUUGGGUCCGCUGGGUGAUUGAGUCCCCUCUAUACAAGUACACUGGCGGACUAACUAAGCAAUGAAGGGGAUGUUGCAAACUGUGAAACGGAAGCUUAGCAACAACGGAGAGCACAUCGGUGCCAACUCACCUGACCGGAUGGACGUAGACGGAGCCCCCAAGGGCGCCAACGGCGUCGGCUCGCCUGUGGGCGACGUGGCGCGCUCUGACGUGUCACUUCCCAAGCGCGAACGUCGUCGCUCCUUCAUGGCGCGCAACCAGAAGAUUCAGGCUCUGAAAGACUUGCCACACCUGAAAGACACGUCGCUGCAGCGACGAGAGGCGCUGUUCCAGCAGAAGCUGGAGCUGUGCUCUGUCAUUUUCAAUUUUGACGACCCCACGUCGGACAAGCGGGGCAAGGAUUUGAAGCGCCAGACGCUCCUGGAACUUGUAGAUUAUGUGAACAACCCCGGCGGCCAGAAGAUUUUCACGGAGACGUUGAUGCCGGAUAUUAUGGCGAUGGUGUCGCUCAACAUCUGCCGCGCUUUGCCUCCGCAGACCGAAGACUUCGACCCGGAGGAGGACGAGCCCGUGCUGGAAGCCUCGUGGCCACAUCUUCAAGUGGUGUAUGAAUUUUUCCUGCGCUUCAUCGUGUCGAGCGAGGUGAACGCCAAGGUGGCCAAGAAGUAUGUGGACCAGAAGUUUUGUCUGUCCAUCAUCGACCUGUUCGACAGCGAAGACCCGCGCGAACGGGAUUACCUCAAGACGAUCCUGCACCGCAUCUACGGCAAGUUUAUGUCGCACCGGUCUUUCAUCCGCAAGGCCAUCAGCAACGUUUUCUACCGGUUCGUCUACGAGACGGAGCGACACAACGGGGUUGGCGAACUCUUGGAGAUCCUGGGCAGUAUCAUCAACGGGUUUGCCAUGCCACUGAAGGCCGAACACUUGCAAUUCCUGGUGCGUGCACUGGUGCCACUGCACAAGCCAAAGUGCGUCUCAAUGUACCACCAGCAACUCUCCUAUUGCAUCACGCAGUAUGUAGAAAAGGACCCCGAGACGGCUGUGCCUAUUAUUCAAGGCAUCAUCAAGUACUGGCCCUGGUCGUGCUCGUCCAAGCAAGUGAUUUUCCUGAACGAGUUGGAGGAGAUUCUGGAGCUCAUGGGAAGCGAGCAGCUGCAACAGGUGCACAAGCCGCUGUUUAAUGGCCUGGCCAAGUGGCUGGGCAGCCAGCAUUUCCAGGUGUCGGAACGGUCGCUGUUCUUGUGGAACAAUGAACAUCUCGUGAACAACGGGUGCUUGAGUAAGCAGCACGCGCACUUGAUCCUGCCGGUCAUUUACGGUCCGCUCCAUAGAAACUCGCUGGGACAUUGGAACACGACGGUCGAAGGACUCGCUCAGAACGUGUUGAAGCUGUACAUGGACUAUGACAUGGCGCUGUAUGACCAGUGUGCAAAGGAGUACUCGCUGAAGGAGCAAGCCAUGGCGGACACGAAGAACAAAGAGCAGGAGAAGUGGCGGAAAAUAGAGUCGAUGGCAGCGUCGAAGGCUCCAGCGUCAACGGCCUAG